CAAUUGUUUGGUAAGCAAGGGGUUUGGAAGUUUAAUCCUGUUUCCAAAGAUUGGAAAUCUCUUUUCUUGGGAGAUAGACAUGAGAUGCUCCCAGAAUAUCACCCUCCGAGCAUGUGAAAUGGCAGGGUUGUUGUAUUCCCACCUCAAGAAGUUAUUGAGGUUGUGCAAUGGUCUACAUAUUUGGUAGGGCAAUUUUUUGACAAACAGUAACCAUUUUUCCUGGUAAAGUGGUCUGUUUAGACUUUGUGGAAGCUGUUUGGUAAGAGGUGGAGGUGUUUGCUUUUGAGAAGGGCCUUAUCUUGUGUUUUGGUUCAAGAUUGGGAUGCUGUCCUUAAUGCUAGAUUAUGGUAUGUGGCCAAUAGACCCCUCUUUCUUUGAAGAUGGCAGCUUGGUUUGCAACUUAGUAAUCUAAAGUUGGGCAAAAUUCCUAUCUGGGUGAAAUUUUUGCAACUGCCUAUAGAGUUAUGGACCCCGAAGUGCUUGAGUUAUUUAGCAAGUAGAGUGGGAAGGCCAUUAUAUGCUGAUGCAGUCCCUUAACAACACCAGAUGCUUGGAUAUGCUAGAGUUUGUGUGCAAAUUGGAUUUGAUGAUGAACUUCCUGAUUCUUUGGUUGUUGAAUUGCCUGAUGGAAAGAUCUUGGAAAUUGGAAUUGAGUAUCCAUGUAAGCCUGAAAAUGUUUGCAUUGCAAAGCGUUUUGUCACUUAUCCAAAUUCUGUCCUUCUAAACCUUCCAAGAGUUGGGUUCCCAAGAAUAAGGGUCAAGUUCACAGGACCUCCCUCCUCUCUGAAGAUAUCUGUGGCUGGGGGUGGAGGAAUUUCUGUGUCACCUAAUAGAUUUGGCCCUCUUCAGGUUGGGAAUGGUAAUGAUGGGGGGGCUACAGGAGCAAGUCUCUGUCCUCAGGAAAGAUGACUUGAGUGCACUUCAAGAUAAAGCUAACAUUUCUGAGUCCGCGGGUGGUACUGUGAAUGAUGUUGUCCCUGUUCCUCUAGAUACUGGAAUGAAAGACCCCAGUGUUGCAUAUGUGGUGUCCCCCAAUCCUAGGCAAGGAAAUAGGAGAGUCACUAGAGCUCAAGUGGUUGCUGGGAUGAAAGCUGAAGGGUGUGAGGAAGGGGCACCAGUCCAGUUCACUCUAUUGGAAUUUUUGGAUGCUGGCAUAAAGAAGGGAGCUAAACUAAAGUCAAUAAAACCUGUGAAAGCCAUGGGAAAGGGUAAGAUUGUGCUUAACCCUGUUAAUACUCCAAUGGUGAGUGAUGUGAACAGUUUACUUGAAAAUUGUUAGACGAUAGUGUUGUGAUUGAAUGUGUGGGGUCUAAAUGAUCCUUCUAAACAAAGAGAGGUAAAGAAAUUAAUUAGGGAUCAAAGAGCUGAUUUGUUUUAUUUAGUUGAGACAAAGUUUAGAGAUAGGAAUGGCCUACAGAUAAAAGAGGCCUUAUUUCCAAAUUGGGGUUUCCUCAAUAAUUAUGAUAAUCAUGAAUUAGGAAGAAUUUGGGUUUGUUGGAACACUAAUAUUUUCCAUGUCUUAAUGGUGUUAAAGGCUGAUCAAGUUAUCCAUUGGGAGGUGGUGUUUCUUUCUAAUUCAGCAAAAUGGGAAGUGCCUUUUGUUUAUGGUGCAUACUGUGGUUUUAAAAGGCAGGAGCUGUGGCAAGCCAUUUCUGGAUUACAAUGGAGGACUAGAGAUAGACCUUGGGUGGUUUUGGGGGAUUUCAACGUAGUUAAAGACUGGAGUGAGAGGUUUGGGGGAUUGGGAAACCCUAGUUUUGAAGCUGAAUUUGCUAAUUGGAUGGGUGUUCAAGGACUAUUUGAUCAUCCUUAUAUUGGUGUUCUGUUCUCUUGGAAUAAUAAGAGAGAUGCUACUGCAUUUUUGGCUAGGAAGUUGGACAAAGCCCUCAGUAAUUCUAUUUAGUUAUCUGUUUUUCCUUAGACUCUGGUUGAGUUUUACCUCCUGGGAUUUCAGGCCAUGCUGCCAUCUUUUUAUCCCUUUUGCCUGUGCAGAAUGCUAGUCCUGAUUCUUUUAAUUUCUUUAAUUUCUUAACUGCUAAUGAUCAUUUCCUUGAAAUUCUAAGUCAAGUGAGGUCUUAGGUUGUUCAUGGAACUCCUAUGUUUCUCCUCUACAAGAAAUUAAAGCUCCUGAAAUUUGAGUUAAAGGUCUUUAACCAGACCAGGUUUGGAGGAAUUUCUGUGAGACUUGAAGUUGCUAAGGCUCAACAUGACUCAGUCCAGUUAAGUCUCCUGAAUAAUCCUGGUUGUUCUGAACUCUGUAAGUUGGACAAAGUGCAGAGGAAGCUCUUGAUUUGUACAAAUCUGUUAGUAGUGCAGAGGAAGCUUUUCUCAGGCAGAAAUCACGGGUCUAUUGGCUGAGGUUGGGUGACCAAAAUAGUGGCUAUUUGCAUAGAAUGGUGAAAGUGAAGGCAGCUAAAAAAUAAACUAAAAUGUCUUUAUGAUGCUUCUGGGGCAAGGGUGGAUAUUUGGCAGAUUAAAGAGUUAGCAGUGAAUUUCUAUCAGCAGCUAAUAGGGACUUCUUUGGUUCUAUUUCUGACCUUGCUCAGAUUAUGCAGUAGACCCAUCCUGAGCAGCUGAGAAUGGAGUUGCAACAGGAAGUUACAGAUAGGGAGAUUCAAGACACUUUGUUUUUCAUGGACGGUGACAAAGCCCAUGGUCCUGAUGGAUAUACCGUCCACUUUUUCAAGAAAGCUUGGCAUAUGGUGAAGGGUGAUGUCUUGGUUGAUAUUCAUUCUUUCUUCUCCUCAUCUAAGCUCCUAGGUGAAGUGAAUGCUACCAUUAUCACUCUUGUACCUAAGGAUUAAGUUUUCUGCUUUUGUAGAUUGUCUGCGAGUAAUGAUAUGAAUCAGGUUCUAUAUAUUGCUGCAGUGACAGGUAAAGGUAGAAACAUUGUAACAUGGGAUACAAAAACCUGGAAGAGGAUAGGAUCAAAGACUGUAGUACGUGACACAAUUUUGGCCUUAAUUGUUUCACGAGAUGGAAAGCUACUUGCCUGUGGGACAACUCAAGGUGAUGUUUUUAUUUUAAAUUCAGCCAGUAAGCAGUUUCGGACGGUUGUUAGGAAAGCACACCUUGGCUUUGUAACUGCACUUUCAUUCUCGCAUGACUCAAGGGCUUUGGCAUCUGUAUCCCUGGACUCAAGUGCAAGGAUGACACUAAUUGAGGAAAAGAAGGAAGCUGGAGCAUGUAGCUAGUGGGCCAUCUUGUUCGUCAUUUUACUUGCCAUUGUUGUGUAUUUACUAUUUUAUGAAGAAUCAAGUUAAGGUGGCAAAAUCCGACCUAACACAACAUGAAGUUAGCAGGUUAUGGGUUGAGAUUUAAUGGGUUUGUGUCAUAUUUAGGUUGACAUGAAUGACUCCUUCUAUAAACUUUUCAUGUUCGUGUCCAACUCACGGAACUUGUUUGAUUUGUCUAACUAAAUGUCAUUAACCAAUAUACCAUUCAAAAUCCUAGGUAUAUAAACUUAUUUUCUUUCUUAGUUGCAUUCUCCGAAGUCCCAUGGCCGCCUCUCACUUGACCUCAAUUUCACCUUAUUUUCUUUGCCACCUAGCCACCGUGACCCUUCUGUCAUAGGGGUUGCAUUCACUUCUCUCUGUCACUUGAAACCCUAGUUUUUAUCUUCUUUUACUUUCUUCUUUGAAUUCUUUGCCAUUGUCGUAUCAUUGUCAUCGUCCUUUACUCUUACCUUUAU